AUGAAGCGCGCCUCGCAGUUCAACAUCGCCCUGGAAGACGUCUCCAUCACCCACAUGACCUUCGGCAAGGAAUUCACGCGAGCCGUCGAGCAGAAGCAGAUCGCCCAGCAGGACGCCGAGCGCGCCCGCUUCAUCGUCGAGCGCGCCGAGCAGGAGCGCCAGGCCAAUGUCAUCCGCUCCGAAGGUGAGGCCGAGAGUGCCGACAUCAUCAGCAAGGCCGUCGCCAAGGCCGGCAGCGGUCUCAUCGAGAUCCGUCGUAUCGAUGCCAGCAAGGAGAUCGCUCAUACCCUGUCGAGUAACCCCAACGUGACGUAUCUGCCGGGUGGUGAGGGCAAGGACGGUGGUAAGAGCACGAACCUCCUGCUGGGAUUGCGGAGCUAG